UUGAAAAAAAAGCGACGCCGAUGGCAGGAACACUUUUACGCCGGAGUCAGUUACCCGCAUCCGCAUCCGUCAGGCCAGCCCAGUGACCACACCGCGAUGAUAAAGCUGCAGCCACCGCCGGAUGUGACCGGUGUCUUCCACAAUUUCCGGUGCGGCGAGGUCCUCUUCAGCGCACCCGCCUCCUACGACGUCUGCUGCUCGCUGUGCGGACAGCGUUUGGCUCUGAACAGCUUUCCGGAGCACUUCCGGAUGAAGCACAUCACCGGGAGUGGUCCCCAAGAGUCUACCAUCAAGCUGGAGAGCGAUCCCAUUGCCCAGGAACCCAGCGAAGCGCAGUGCAAGAAGGACUUUGUCAACGCGCAUGUGGAGGACACGGCGGAAGAGGAGGAAGCUCCUCGCCAGCGACACCAGCGGGCCGCGGCCAUGAAGAACACCCUGGUGGAGACCCAGGAGGAAUUGCUGGACAUGGAUCUCGACUGGACAGGCGGCGAGCACCUGGAGAAUGAUGAGACUCACGAGGACGAGGAGGAGUCCGACGAGGAUGACUCGACGCAGCCAAGCAACGACACCAAGGACAUGCUCUUCCAAUGCGAUCAGUGCGACCGGGCGUACAACACCAAGCGAAGCCUGCAGAGCCAUCGCCGCUUGAAGCACAACGAUGGCUCCGGCGGAGCAGUCAUGGAUAAAUCCACCAGCGAGCGCAAGAGCAAGAAGCGGAAAGGUCCUCCGAAGGUGUAUAAAUGCCACGAGGAGGCCUGCAACCAGACGUUUCGCACGGAACGCGAUCUGCGUGGCCAUCGCUGGAAGCACACGGGCAUUUUCUGCGAUAUCUGCGGCAAGCCCUUCACCCAGUCGGGCAACAUGAUGCGCCAUCGCCAGCGACACAGUGGCAUCAAGCCGCACAAGUGUCCGGAAUGCGAGGCCACCUUCUACACGCAGAAGGAACUGUCCUCCCACAGUAUCUGCCAUACGGGCCGCAUGCCCUGCAUUUGCGAGGUGUGCGGACGACCUUGCCGGGAUCGGGGCGUUCUCACGGCCCACAUGCGUCGCCACACGGGCGAAAGGCCUGCCAAAUGCGAGGUCUGCGGCAAGGCCUUCUAUAGCUUCCACGACCUCAAUGUCCAUGCCGUUUCGCACACCAAUUUGCGACCCUUCGUCUGCGACGUUUGCGGUUCCACGUUCCAAAGGAAGAAGGCGCUGCGGGUGCACAAGCUGCUCCACUCGGAGCAGCGCAAGUAUGCCUGCAAGCUGUGCGGCAAGACCUUCGCCCAAUCCGGCGGCCUCAAUGCCCACAUGCGCAGCCACGACCCGGCGAGGGUUAAGGCAGCGGUGAAGCCUCUCCCGCAGGCGGUCACCAUCGAGGUGAUCGAGGGCAGGACGCCGCCCACCACCACCAUCACCAUGGCCAUCGACCUCAAUGUGGAGGAGCAGCUGGUCACGCAAACCGAAGCAGCACCCGCUACUUGGCGCCUGGCUAACUGAGUAGCUAGUUAGUUAGUAUUAAGAACAGAUUUAGUUAAGCAGCAAGCACCAAAAUGCGCCAAAACAAAUAUAAGAAAAGUUUUAAUUUUCAAGUUAAAUCGGUAUAGUUAUUAAUUAACCGAACUACUACCUAGAAUAUAUCCAUAGAAAUAAAAAGAACCAACUGUA